UUAUUUCGCUGUUUUACCGAUCAUCUAGCGCUGGAAUUAUUUAGGGAAGUAUUAUCUCCAUGGGCUCCGUAUCGCCGUAGGUAAUUCCAGUUGUAUCCACCACUAGGCACCAGUAUCAGUUAGGUGAUCGUAUGUAGCGAGGGGGACUCAUGUGCCAAUACUAGGUUUCUAGCUGUGACAGAAUAUGGAGACAUCACGUCUUGGUCUCUCUGACUUGCAUCACACCGCCGGUCAUGGCCGUACUCCUCCUGCAACGCACCAUCGUGAGUAUGGACAUCACCCUGCUUCCUCUUCGCAACCAUCAGCCGCUCCGCCAGCACAGGGCCAGCCCGAAGCUGCGCACACGAUACUGCACGCUAGAACGCCUCAAGCAGCUCGACAGAUACGACAGCUAACGUCCUCACUGCGCGACUGCAAUCGCGCUGUGAACGACGUGGACGCUCUGUCCAGAGAGCUACAGGAGCUGGCCAAUGACCAGGAGGGCGAGAUCAGAGAGCUGAAGUCGCAACUCUCCACCUCGGAGCGCCGACGAAGGAAGGCACAAUCCCAAACCAGCCAGCCGAAUGUGCGCUUUCGUGAGCGGCCGGUGUCAAGCUCCGGCUAUGAUACAAGUCCGGGUGACCGGCCAUCUCAGACGACUGGAUAUGCCAGCAGCACAAACUCUGGAAUGGAGUCCCUCUCCGGGAUGCUUGGCCAAUCACUACGCCAGCAGGACGAGUUGAGACGCGAGCUGCAGCAGCAGGGACGGACACUGCGACACUUGAGUAUGGAUCCACUCAGGCACAGUCAAGCUCCUCCACCUGUUGUGUCCUACCCACCAGCACCAGUUCCCGCUGCAGCACAACCUCACUCCAAUGAUGGUCGCUAUGGCGAUAAGUUACACGGCCUGUCAGAGAGUCUGUCUAGAAUUGAUGGACGGCUAACGUCACAACGGGAUCGUGAAGAAGCAGUGUCAUCGGCACAUCUUCAUAACAAGCUUGACACACUGCGAGGCGAUCUUCAGCGCUUGGAACAAGGUCAGGGAAAAGGUCCUGUACCAUCUGGUCUUGAUCAGCACAUGUCCACAUUGCAUCAACAGAUGAACAACCUGGAAUCCAAGCAUCAACAGGCUCUGACAUCUCUACAGCAAAGCCUCACCGGUUUACAGCAUGCACCUAGUAAGCAGGAUGUUCUCCUUCAAGAGGUGACUCGCCUGAGAGAGGAGAUCAAGAGUGGCCAAGAACGUGCUGGCCAGUCUCAGCACAGGCAGACACUGGAUUCCACGGAGCGCUUGGCCGGUCGACUCGACAGUCUUGACGUGUCCUUGCGUAGGCAAGCCGAGGAGAAGAGUGCGGUGUUAGAGCGACUAGAUCAGCUGCAGCGACGUAUCACAGGACAGGAGGAGCAGCGUAGCAGCACUCUUGCCCACGUGCUGAAGCUGCAGGAGAAGAUCGGGGACAUGGAGCGGGAGCGGGAUCGUCUUACAAUGCAGGUUGAGCUGAUGAAAGCCGAAAUGCAGAAGCAAGAAACGCUCCGGUCGACACGCGAUGAGCAGGGCGUGACUGCGGCGCUGCGAGAAAGUGAGCGAGUGAACGCCGAGCUAAUAUCUCGCCUCCAGCACUUCGAGGAAGAUGCCAGGACACUGCGCUCUGGCAAUGAGCAGUUACAGGGUGAGCUGCGGCGCUCCCUGGCCGCAUCACACCACGAUGCUGAAGUCAGUGGCAAGGAGAAAGACAAGGCUGUGCAGCUGAUGCAGAAGUACAAAGCACGCCUGCAGGCAGAGUCUGAACAGAAACAGGCCAUGCAGCAACGACUCCAGCAACUGACUGAGCAACGUGAACUAGAAAAGGCACAGCUGCAGUCUGAACUGUCAACAUGGACAGCAAGAUAUACGACCACAGAAGAGGAUCGAAUGGAGCUGCAAAAGGAACUGGACGCUCUCAGGGCCGAGGGCCAAGAGGCACUCCGGCAUUACAAGACUCAACACGGCCAUUCCUCAUCACUCACAGAAAAACUAACGUCCAAGCUCGGCAGAAUACGUGAGAAGGAAAAGGAGCUCCAGCAGCAACUGAAAACAUGUGUACACCGUGAAGGUGUGAUGCGAGAGGAGAUUGAGCGGCUCAAGAGGACAAGUAAAGAGUUUCAGCUGCAACACCAGAAGCAAGUGGAGGCAUUGAUGACGCAGCUGAAGCAGCAAAGUGCAAGUGCAGAUCAGCGUAUGGAGGCAAUGACCCAGAGACAGCAUCAGCAGCUGAAAGAACUUUCACAAAUCAUUGAUCAACAAAAGGGUAAUGUCAGCAGUGAUAAAGCCAGGCUGGACGAGCUGAACGCGGAGAAGAGGCUCGCCUCCGGUGAACACAUUCGUAUGCAGCGCCGCUGUGUCGAGCUUGAAAAAGAAUUAGACACUUUCAAGCGGAAGGUGACACAACAGAGAGAAGCAUACAAGGAGAAGAUCUCUCAACUAAAGGAGAGAUGUAUCACUUCGGAUGGUCAAACACUGAAGGAUGUACAGUCGCAGCUUUCUGCAUCGCGGCGACUCGGCGAGCAGAUCCUUCAAGACCAGGAGACAAUCUUGAGAGCAGUGGCAGGAGAGGUGGACUCACUGAUCACACAAGUCACAGAGCACUCUGCCUUACCUAAGCCGAUUCUACCCGACACAUCGGGUAUGGAGACAGACGCCCGGAAAUGGGUCUCUGCGAUAUUGGGCAAGCUAGCCUGGCUGCAGCGGGAGUUACAGCUCAAAGAGCAGCGGGAGAAGUUUCGGAAAGCUUCUGACGCUAGCAGCCGUGGUUUAACGUGAUAUGAGAAUCUAAUUUAAAACGACGGUCUUAUCGCCCUUUCCUACCUUUGUCACGUUUACUUGAUAUCAAUAGCCAAGACUUGAUAGCCAGCCUUGACAACCUCACUGGAGUAUUGCUCUGUGAAGCCAGAACAGAUUGACAACUUUCUAGUGGCACAUUGUCACCAUGCCAAUGAAUUGCCUUACAAACUUCUACCCUUGACAUAGCGUUCCAUUAUUACCAGACGUGACACUCAGCCGGAUGAAAUACUAGCAUUGCCGCUUACCGUGGGGUGAGAAUUUGACAACAUUUUCAACAACAUACAACUUUGCAGGUAUUUUUGGCGAAGCCCCAAAGUCCCAAUUAUCAGUGUUCCUAUUGAAAUGAAUCAUCCACUAUUUGAUGUAGUACCGACUGUAUGGUUUACAGACACCAGUGCUGGUCACUUUACACUGUUUAAAACUAUUCUCCAAUUAUUUAGUGUGGGUAUUGGUUACAAUCACAUUACGUGACAUGUAGCCAUAGCGUCCUAUCUCCAACCA